UUGAAACGAACAUGGCCGCUGCGGUGCGGACAACAAUUGAAUUUGGGGAUUGUAGCGAUGGAAGUGACAAAGUUCAGUGGAAUUCAAAGUCUGGAAUGGCAGAAACAGAGCAAGAGGCCUCGUCGUCGGGCUCCUCGUCGUCUUCCGUGGCUGAGGUCGAUCGAGCAGAAGGCGCCGCGGCCUCCGUGAGGUCCAAAUGCGUCGGGCUGCUCGCCUCCGCCCUCCGCCUCGAGGCGCCCGACGGCGACAAGGCCACGGAGCUGGCCGCGGAGGUCGAGCGGCACGUCCGCCGCAUCCACGCGUCCGAUCGGGUCGGAUACAAAGCCUGCGCGAGGAGCAAAGUGGCCAACUUGAGGAAUCCAAAAAACGCCCACCUCCGCCAGGGCCCGGCGAGCGGCUCCCUGACUCCGGAGGCCUUCGCCCGCAUGACGGCGGAGGAGAUGGCCUGCGCCGAGCUCCGGCAACUGAGGGAGGAGUACUCGUCUCGCGGCGUGAGCGAGCGGCAGCUUCCUCGCGGGCCAGAGGGGACGGCGACGCGCCGGCUCCGAUGCCGGCGCUGCGGCGGCUUCGACUGCACGGUGACGCGGGUGAACCGAGGGGUGCUGUUCCUGCCGGCGUGGGCGCGGCAGGGAGGCCCCGAUGACCCGGCCGUGACCUUGGUGACCUGCAGCCGUUGUGGCCAGCGGUGGUACCACAGCGGCUGGCUCUGCCUCUGACUUUUUUUGCGGAUCCGGCUUUUCUUAGACGAGUGAUUGUGCAUUGUUUUCAAUUCAUUUGUGUUUGCGUACACACACACACACACACACA